GCGUCGGUCAAAGCUACGCUUAACACCGCCAUCUUACGUUACUACUGUCAACUUCAGUCGAAUUUAGUGGAGUAAUUUUGUGAGAAGUGAUGCUAAAUUCAAGACUGCACGAGUCUCAAUAAACCUAAGCUUAUUGUGUACAAAAUGCUACAGCGAUAACCUAGAAAACAGGUAUAAAUGCCAACAGCAAAAUGUCCGAUCUGAAGCAAGUGAAAGUUGAUAACUGGGGGAUAUACUUCCUCCAGCGGCUAAAGCAUUUCUUCAAUCGAACCGAUUACUGUGACCUAACGCUGCAGUUUCAAGACAAUGCGCAGCUAAAAGUGCAUCGGUUGGUGCUCAGUGCGUGCACCGAGUAUUUUGAGCUGCUGGAGCGGACAUGCGAGAUGUAUGAGGACUGCCUGGUGAUGCCGGACGACCUGCAAGCAGACGUCGUCGUCCCCAUCGUCAACUUCAUGUACACCGGCCAGCUUGAAUUUAAAAUAGAACUUCUUGAAAAGCUGUACCAAACAUCACAAAUAAUGAACAUGCCAGUGUUGUCCAAACUUCUCGACGCGCAGCGGCAGCAGCAAGCGGCUCCUAAACCGCCGCCAACGCACAGUUACAGUGGCUUAAAAAGCUAUGCUAAAAGUACAAGCAGCAAGCAAAGAGCACCGGUUCCCUCUACAAGUAGCUCAAAGCGUACAUUUAGUAAAGCUUUUGAUAUUGAAACACCAAGAGACAAAUCCUACAGCAAGGCUACAAGUAGCACAAGUAAUGGCAGGGCCUUUCGCUCACCUUCUCCGGUCCAUAUAGAAAACCAUCUUCCUCCAAGGAAGCUUGUUAAGGGUGAACCUAGACCUACCAGGUAUGAGCUCCCUGAGGAACUUGAUACUGAUAAUAUUUAUGACAACUCAUUUACUGAUAUAUCCUACACCUCUACACCCUUGAUGGUACAUCCAGAAACAACAAAGCGGUAUUCAGCCAAAAGGAGCCAGUUUAAUUCACCAUCAAGCUCGAAAAGAUUUUCUCAGGGGCCCUCUACUGUUGAAAUUGUGGAAUGUAGGAAGAUCUCUAAGGAAGAAAAUGUUUAUGAUGAUGACUCCAUGAUAAAUGAACCAGAUAUGUUCGGAAGAGAUGUUUUGCCACCUGAGCCCCCAGUCAAAAAUUCCAGCCAACUUUUUGACCAAAUAUUAGAUAACAAUCUAGGUCCAAAAGUGACAAUUGAGGCUAAGAACAGCAAGCAGGCGAGCAAGUUGGACCAUGCCAAGAUAAUAAGUGAAGUGUUAAAGAAGUACCCGCACUUAGUGAAAAGUAACAAAAAUAUCAAGCUCAAACUUUUGGACACCCCAACCAAACCAGUCAAAAAACGACCAGCGACCCCACAGAAAAUAUACAAAGAAGAAUUGCAGUUGAAACAAGACCCAGACUUCACAUAUGAAUCUACGGUUCUAGAUUCUGCAAAGGCAGCAAAGCUUAUUGCUAUGGGAGCAGAGAACGUAAAAGGGCCCUGGAUCUGCCUCAUUUGUGGAACACCUGGUCGAGCUAUACAUUUUACCUCUUAUUACAAAUUUAGACGCCAUUUGGUUGAAAUUCACAAUGAGAAAGCAGUUUCAAAUAUGUGUGAAUACUGCGGUCUAAAGUCACUUAAGAGAAACUAUUUAUUACACCACUUAUACACUAAACAUGGUAAGAAACCUCCACCUCAAUACAAUUUCCCAAAAUGUAACAUUUGCAGUUACAUAGCAUUGAAUGAAGGUUACCUAGUCAAACAUAAAAUGACACAUGUUGAGACAAGAAAUUUCCGUUGCAAUGUGUGUGCUGCAGCAUUCAAUUCUUCUGCCUUGUUGUUGAUGCACAUCCAAAACACAGGCCAUAAAUACAGUGCUGAAAGAAGAACCAACCUCCAAUGUGUUUAUUGCCUCAAACUCUUUUUACGCGAAGCCAAUCUUUAUGCUCACCUGAAAACUAAUCACAAGCUAGAAGCUAAAACUGACUGCAUCAUUGAUGAUUCUGAUGAGGAAAAGCAAGAAGAAGAAGAACCUAUGGAAAGAAUCAUUGACCGUAAGCCCAUUAAGUAUGAGUUACCUGUGACCUAUGACCAGGAGUCUGAGGAUGACACCGCUUAUCAAAUUCAGCAGAAGCCUCAUGGUACCAUAGAUAUUGUAGAACAACCAAAGAAACAUCGCACUGUUACCUCAACACCAAGGCAAAAGAUCUUAAAUUCAGGUUUUGGUGCGCCAAUCCAGUCUACUAUCCAACCUUCAACUCCUCAAAAGAAGCCUAAGCCACAGACAAUACAAAAUCAGUUCCUUAAAGAGCUUAGCAUUCCACAAAUUGAUAACUCAAACCAUGAAGAAAUUAUAAUGAUUGGUGAUACUGAAUACAUCAUGAGGGAUAAUCAACUCAUACCUAAGAAUUCGAAAAUGGCUGAAAAUGAUCAAUAUAUUUUAUCUGAUAUGUUACAUACAGAUGUGGAUCAAACAUUACAUACUCUGGAGUCUGAUACAUCACUUGAGUUUUCGAAUAUCCAUAAUUCCACUGAAAUUAAUCAAUCUGACAUAAAAUUAAAUAAAAAAUCCACUAUGAAUCAACCAAUUCAGAUUGUGGUGUCAAAUGAGGAGGAAUAUAAGGCUUUGAUGUCCUCUAAUCAUUCAAUAAUAUUUGAUGAUACAGAUGCUAGUAAACGAUUAACGGUAUUGGCUGCUUCUCAUAAUGCUACAUUGGAUGGUACAAUAGACCUGGACACUACACAAACUAAUGACAUGAUGAUUAUUCAAGAUGACUUUCCAUUAAAUGUGUCUGAGGCAGUUUCUGGUGAUAAUUCUAACAUAGUUGUUGUAUACAGUCAUCCAGUUGAUGAUCAUAAUAAACCAUACCAACUUAUUACAUCACAAGCUCUUGGUGGGGCUCAAUUUGUCUCCACCUCUGCAGUACUCACUAGAAACUAUGAGACAAUCACAACUACCUCUGGUGUAGUAAACACUCAAAUAAUGGAUAAUCAAGUAAACUGGCACAACAUAGAUAGCCAACAAAUGCAAGUAACACAGGAACCUGAGCUACAAGUACUUACAAAUGUUGAAGAGGUGGUCAUGGCUCCAUCACAAGAAAUUACUAACAAAUUGGAAGAGCUCCCAGAAGUGCAUCUGCUGCCUGUUGCAUCAAAAGAUGAAUCCCAAAUAAAUCAAGUAUCACAAAUGGUAGAGCCAUUGCCAUGUGAAUCAGAUGCUCAGCACAACAAUCAGAAUGAGGAACAAGCUGCUGAAAUAGUGACUGUGGAAGAAAUUCAAGCAGCCACAUCAAUGCCCAUGGAAGUCGAUGUUCCUUCACAAAUAAUAGAAAAUUCAGAAAAUCUAGUAGCCAUAUCAACUGAAGAGCCUAUUUCUCAAACUACGCAAACUGAAAAUCAUGACAUUGUAGCUCAAGAUGAAGCUCAAGACCAAGUUUCAACUGAAGUUGAGGAGGCCAUGGAAAAAAAUCAUGAUCCUUUGGAUGAAUCAGCCAUCGAAGAAGAAGAAGAAGAAGAAAAUGUACAGAAUAUAACGGAACUUACAGAGGAAACCAGUGAGUCACAAGAAUUUGCUGAGGAAGCCACAGUUGCUGGGCAACCUUUAAAUAAUGAUGGUCCUUCCUUUACACCUGUAACCAAGGAACAAAUUCAAAAUUUGACAUCAGAAUGGUCAGAAGAUGAAGAUGAGGCAACUGCUCAGAAUGAAACCAUAGAAAAUGAAAAUUCUGAAAACACUGUUACUGAAAUGGAUAAUCCAGAAAACAAUUCUGUGGAGCUAGAAGAAUCAAUAGAGAACAUACAACAAGAAAUGGAGAAACAGAUGACUAGAAUAGUUGCAAUUGAACCCAUUGAAGAAUGUGAGAAUCCCAUGGAAGAAAUGCAGACAGACCAGGGGCUACAAGAAAGUGUUACUGUUAACAAUACUGUACCAGCAUGCCCCGAAAAAAUAUCAUCAUUACUUAAUGACUGGGAUGAGAAUGAUUCUCAAGAAGAGGAAGAGGAAAGAAAUGAUCCCACAGCUGAAAAUGAUGGCGAAAUCACUAAUGAAAAUGAGAUUGUAGCAGCUCCUGAAGAUAUUGAAAGUAAUUCUGCUCCAACUGUUGAGGCACCAACUGAAAACGAACCACAUGAACAAGAAUCUCCAAAAAAAGAUGACAAAAUCAAGAGUCUGGUUAGUGACUGGGACGAUGAUGAAGAAGAUGGGCCCAAGGAAUGAG